ACACUGCACCUCUUCACUGAAUGGACAAAGAACAGUAGUCAACCACAGAGAGGCUGUAGGCAUUUUGACGACAUUACACAUUGAAGUAAAAGAAGAAAAAAGACUACUAAGACUGGAUAAGCAAACAGUACAGACUUACUCAAAUCUGAAUUCUCUCAGACAUGGUCAAAGCCAGGACAUACAAAGUCUCUUCCUCAGUGAAGGUGGAGCAGCUUGAGGCAGAACUGUUUUCCCAGCUCCAGGCUCUGAAGAGUGAGAUUGAGAAAAAAGAAACUGUGCACGGAAUAUCCACAAAGUCUCACAGCUCUGUUCAUAUUCCAAAGGAUGUGUCUUAUUUUCGCAUGGAAAGACAGCAAGUUCUCCACAGAGGACUCCAGGUUGCAGGUGUGAAACCUGUAGUAUCCCAAGCAGAGGUCAUCCAGAGAGAGCUGAAAAGCUGCCUUGGCCAAGAGUACACACCUGAGAGCCUACCACUGUUACUGCACCAGUUCUUCACAGACCGAGCAUAUCAGCUGGCCCAGUAUAAAUACCAGCUUAUGUUGAGAUGGAGGAGAUUCUGUCGGCAUUCCAUCAUCCUGCAGCAAUUAUAUCCUCAGUAUAAGGAGCACAUGACUCAAUUGGCAACUGAAUUUGAAGAUGCUCUGCAGAGGGCUCGCAGGCUUGCUGUGUCCAGAGAAAAGGCUCUUUUAGGCACUGGCUACCCCGUCAAUGUGGUUACACAGGAAGAUGUGGUCAUCUAUUUGCAGUGGCUUAUUUGCCACCUACACUCAGUUAAGACUAUACACAACUUCCUGCAUGUGAUUCAUUAUCUUCCUUUGUGUGAGAGGAGAGAAGCAGACAGCAACAGUACACCAGACUUAAGCUCUCCUGGGGAGUUUUCAGGGAUGUUUGUAUCAUCAUCUAAAGUGCCCCGACAAUCUGUAAAAUUAGACGAAUUCCAAGAUCAACUGCAGCACUUACUUUCACAUUAUAACAUCCAGUACAACGUGCAGUCCAUCAAGACUUCUGCUGAUCAGAUGGAACUCUUCAGCAUGGUCACCUAUGAGUUUAGGACCAUCUUCAAAGAUCAAGAUUUGAUGAAUACCUUUCUGCAGUAUAAUAGCACUGAGGCUAUAGACAAGAAGUGGGGAAGGAGAAGCCCAAACAUGGCUCUCAGAAAGGAGUCCAACUGGAUUCCCCAUAUCCAGGUGAAACCAAAGAGAGACCCCUGGCAACAGAAACAAAUGUCCAAACUGGAAGAGUUGAAAUGCGUGGAUGAAUUUCUUCAGCUGCACUACAGGUCCUGCGAGGAAUCAGAUGUCCAGAGAGUAACUGAAAUCCUGAAGCAGCAUGCAGUAUUUGCCUGUGAGCCGGAGUCCAUGGGGCUUUUAGCAAUGACCUCAAGGCUGACAGCAGCUUCUGCUGCCUCUAACAUAUGGAGAAGCAUCUAUAACAUUGCACAGGAAACCAGUGGCAAAGUGUCUGAUGUGUCUGAGCAAGAAAGAUGGAAAAAGGCUAAAAAGAAAAAUCUAAGUUACAGCUACAGUAGUAGUGCUCAGCUGCUCGGGUUGGAUCAAGACCUUGAGGAUGGUUCAAAAGAUCCUGUUGCAUCCAGAGGAGCCUACGUGUCCCUUCUGUAUCUGCGUUACCUCAGAAUCAGGGAGCUGAAGCGCACCUGUUUGAGUAUGCUGAACUACCUGCGCUCUGUGGAGAGAAGGCUGACAGUGGAUACUGCAGGGCUGCAGGUGGUGGGGGGUGUGCAGGUGAGCAGUGCGGAGGAAAGUGGCUGGAUGAAUGCGGCUCGAGGAUGCAGUGGCUCUACAGGAGGCCCUGGCUCACAGCACUACGUUUACAACACCCCCGCUGACUACAAGGUCCAUUGCACAGAGUUUAUGGAGUUCCCUGAGGUGGAGAAUCUUAGUGACUUCUACAGCACUGAGGGACAAUAUAUCCACGUCCAGGAUCAGAGAGGCCUUUACGUUGUGUAUGAUGCAGCCAUGAUGGACCUGAAAGAGCUUGAAAACACACUGCUGCUCAUAGCAUCCCAUUACAUCUGCAGAAGCAGAGAGAUGUCCAGUGGUUCAUUAAAAUCUGCUGAGACCCCUAAAUCCUGGGCUGGAAUGGAUGUGGAUCGAGUGGCCGUUCUGCUGGAUAUCUGGACAUGUGAGACUGCUUUCCUGGAGCACAAAAUAGAGCUCUUGAAUUGCUACUUUGAGGCGUAUCAGCAUGUCAUAGACCUAGAGGAGCAGUUUAGUUUGGCUCAGGUGAUUACAGACGUAAUGCACAGAAGGCCUCGCUUGGAUCUGGGAACAGAGUAUUUUGUACAAGGGUACAAGCAGGAGGUGGUCUGCCUACAAAGUCAUCAGCAACUUAUUAAAUUAGUUCUCAAUACUCAGAUUGAUAAGCAGCGUCAGUAUCUGGAGAGGAUAUGGAGAGGGAAGCAGAGCAGGAGCUGUCUUCUUGAAUACGGCUUCCCUUUAAACUAUGUCCCUAAACAGCUGGUCUCAGUAGGUGGAAGUAGCCCCACCCUGAAGAGUGUGUAUCUGUUAGAGCUACACCCAUCGCUAUGCCUGGCCUCUGAUGUGUACAGGACCCUGGAACAGGCCCAUGUUGAACUGUGUGAGCUGCAUGGGGUCAGGAGUGCCUCACAGAGAACCAGGCUGGAACACACAAUCCUGAAGCAAGCUCUGCUUCAUUGGUACACAAUGGCCACACCUGGAGCCUCUUAUAGUCAACAGCUCCAAAGAGAUCUGUUUUCAGAGGAAUUUAUUGAGGACCCAGUCAUGGUCAGAGAGGUCAGCUACUCUGUUCUGAGGUCAGCCGAGGAGCAUGAGAGGAAGCAGGGCAGAGAGAGACAGAUAUUCACAGUGGAGAUAUUCUCCAAACUUCUGGAGCUGGUCACUCUUCGUCAUCGCAUUGUUGAAUCAGCCUCAGAGACUGAGCACCUUUCACAAUUAUACAAAUCACUAACUCAGGAGAUGGGUUUUGAUGAAUUCCAUCUAUAUAUGCGACCAGUGCAGUUUGAAUUUGCAGCAAAAAAAGAGAUCCCAAAACAGCCCCCACUGUUCAUCUCGACGCACUUCCAGGACAGCAGUUGUGUUGACAGAUAUUGCCCAUCCAGCCUUCCUCUAGGCAUCCAGGAGCUUGAUGAGAACCAGAUAGGAAAAUUCAGCUUCCGGUCUGAAGAAGCUGUGCUUAAUCUCAUGAACCAGUCGAAUUUAGAGAAUCUGCAAGUGGUCUUGGCCUGCCAGGUUACACAGAAGAAUGCUCUUCUUGGUGCUCUGAAGCAGGCCUUAGUUUGCUACUGGACUGAGAACUCAGUCAAGUCCCCACAAGACCAAGAAUGUGUAACUCUGAGGGCAUCAAAAGGUGCCUCACACACUCGAGGCAGGCUUGCAGAUGCCUUUGUGUCCAUUCAGCUGGAGAAGGUCAGUCCUCGGGAUGAAAUGCUGAACUCUUUUAUAAAGAAGAAGGAGCUGAUGAGCUCUCUGAUAUCAAAUCCAGAUGAGGUAGCCAAAAUCAAGAGGAAACUGAUUUUGGAUUUCUGCCACAAAUUCAGCCAGGUGAUGUCUCAGUGUUGUUUGAGAGGUCAGAUCAUUGCCCUUUGCUACAGUCUAACCUCUCUGCUGGAUAAGCUUCCUGAUAUUGGCCAGACUCACUUUGUUGUUGGACAAGCCAAUGAGAGCCGGAGUGAGAAGGGUUUUCAGCCUGAUCCUAGGAUUUUUCAACCUCGUCCCAGGCAGCUGUUAUCAGCUGAUGGAAAGACUCUGUUGAACCUCUGGUUCAUUCCUCACUUCUCUGAGGUGCUCAUCAUGUUCAAGACACUGGAAGAGAAGGCAUGUUGCCAGGCUCUUCAGCACACCCUGACAAUUAUAUCAGCUCUUCAUGAUAUAGUGUUUUAUCUGGUGAGCCUUGCUUCCCUGGGGAAUCCAAAAAGUUCAUUUGGCUGCAGUGGUGAACUUAAGCUCACUGCAGACUGGGGAGGAUCAGAAAGCAUCAGAGCUGAGCUCUGGGACAUUCAGCAGCAGAUGGACUCUCUUACUGAGCCUCAUAGUCCAGAGGUUGUAGGGAGACUGCUCCAGCUGCGCAGGGAGGUGCUUUUUCUGCGGUUUGAUAUGGCAGUACGCUGCAUGAUUCGAGAGGCUUUCCUGUCCUCUGGAAACAUCAAUGCCUAUCAGAGUGUGAGUGACAACAUGAGUCAUGCUCUUUCUAUCUUGAGUGACAGCCUAAAACGAGAUGUCUCUCAGUUUCCUCUGCCUCAGCCCCUGGAGCCAUUCUCCACAGAGAGUCAAAGAAUUUAUCCAUGGAGAUCAUUUCUUGCUUGUCAUGGGUUGCACCCCUUGGUUGUGUGGGAUGUUCUACCCAUAGAGUUCUGCAUGCAGCUCUGCCUGUCUGCCCUGAAUGGCCGCAGCAGGAUGGAGGCUAAUGGAGCGAUGCUGGGUGUUUCUCUUCUCCUUGAUGACAUGCUGAGGAGUGAAAGAGAUGCAGCUCCUCUGCAGCUUCAGGGCCAGGCAGAUGCUGACAUCAUCAUGGUGACUGAUAGAGAGGACUCCACAGAUGACAUAGAAAAUGUGAGUAAAAACCAAGACGAGAUUAAGCCUAAAGCCCUCAAUUCCAUUCAGUGCCUCACCCAGCAGAAAGGCUUCUUACUGCUCUGGAAGCAAAUGGAAGUCUUCAAAGAGAGCUGGACACGACAGCAGCUGGGAGAAGAGCAAAUGAAUUCCGCUUCAUCCUUCAAAAUGUUUUCUCGUCUGUACAGAAUGGAGAUUUAUUACCCCAGUAUGCGGGCUCUAGCACAGCAGUUGGACAAGGAGCAGGAGUAUGAGGCUCUGCUGUCACACAACCAGCCUUUCCAAGUCCCUCCAGGAGCUGCUGAGGUUGAUGUCAAGACAUGGCAGCUGCUCAGGCUGUUGGAGAGCACAGAAUGUGACAUGAUCAGAGCAGUUCAGAGGAGGAUUAGCAGGGAGAUGACUCUGGUGAUGUCAGAACAAGCUCGGCAUGACACGGCCCUCCCCACAGAGCUCUGGAAACAAGCCUCCAUGAAACACUGUCUGUCUCUGGAGAGGCCACAGAUAGUGGAGAACUUUGUCCAGCAGUUGAUGGGUGGAGGAAAAGAUACAGAAGGACAGGUGUGCAUCUCCACGGCUCACCUGCAGGAGUGCGUGACUGAGCUGGGAUGUGCUGUGAUGGCACGUGAACGCAGCAACUUCCUGCUUUACUCUCAGUUCUAUGAGCAGCUCCUACAGCAGCAGGGUCAGCUGCUCUAUCAGAGAGAGCAGGAUGUGAAGGAGCUUGAAGUUGCACAACUACAGGCAAAUGAUCCCUACAGCAAGGUAGCAGAGCUGUGCCAUGGAAUGAUGACUGAGGUAACAGCUCUUCGUGCCCGAGUUACUCAGCUGGAAGAAGAGCAGAAAUGCACCCGACAGCAGAUCAACCUUGAAUACAGGCAGCAUUAUGACUCACUGCUUCACCAGCUCUUCUCAACCUGCAUUCAGCUGAAGGCAAGGCUUGACAAAUAUCAUGUCAAAAUGGACCAAGAUGUGAAGCAGCUAGUCAGCAGGGUCAGGCAUGAAGGAGUGGACAAGAUUAUUAAGCUGAGGAACAAGCUUUCCUCCACUAAAAACAAUGAUGACGUGACAAACAAGCUCUCUGAGAAAGAGAUAUUAGAAGAUCUUUAUUCAGAAAAUAGUCAACUGGCUGGUCUUCUCUGUAAAUUAAGAGCCUUUCACCACUGGAGGCAGGUAGUUGGGCAAGCCAAGCUACAAAAGGAGCUACUUCAGUGCCAACAGAGUGAGAUAUCUUGUAAACUGGAGGCUUUGAGAGUGAAGAUGACGUCACAGGAAGGGGAGAUGGUACUGAAGCAGGAGCUUGAAGCAGUGAAGGCAGCCAUGCAGCAGUGUAAAUCUGAGUAUGAACACGUUAAGCAACAGAUUGUUAAACAGACCCAACAGCUACAGGAUGUGGAGCACCGGUCAGUGCAAGAGGCACGGGGCCGGCAAGAGCUGGAGAGCUUUCGCAUGCAGAGUGUGGAGCAACUACAGGAAGACAUGGAAGAGAGAGAGAGUCAGCUCAGAGCCCUCAGUGCCCAGCUGGAAAAGAACAGCAAAGAGAGUGAGCUCCAGCAACAGCGCAGUCACAACCAGAUGAAAAAGGUUCGGAACCAGCUCAGUCAUGAACGCUGUCUAAAACUGGAGGCCUUUCAUAGAGUGGACAGACUACAGCACCAGAUCCACAGCAUUGAGACAGCACUGUCUAAACGUCUUUCUCCUUUAGGAUGUAAGACCACUUCUUCCAGCAGAGCCAGUGACAGAAAAAAAUCCUCAGCUGUAAGUGGCUUUAUAGACAGCACAUCUGAAGAUUCUGAUAUUGAGGCUGCACCUAGACUGACAGCAACUAGAGGAGACUCGGGGACACUACUCGAGAGACCAAAAACAGCCCAACGCCGCCUGCGUAUGGAGAUUGCAGACAUGCUGUUACCCAACCUCCCUGACAGAACGUUCACACCUCUUCCUCAGAAGUCACACCAAAAUCUUAGACUGUGUCAUAAAUAAUUUAAUGCUUUUCUCUGUUGUUCAAUUUCACAAAACCCAGCUGCAUACACACAUUCUGACAUUUUCACUACUUUUGCUCACAUGACUUAUAUAGCUUUAAAUGUUAAGCAGGUUUCGUUAAAUAAAACAGUUGUUUGACAAUUUAUAUAAUGCAUGUGCUGUUUCGUGCUGGUGUGCCAUCUUGUCACAGGCUCCCCAGUAAAUAAAAUGAACACUAUAUUUCUAAUCCUUUGUGCUUCGUUAUACAUGAUCCUUUAGAAAUCUAAUGAUCAUCUCAUAUACUAUGCCAUUAAUAAACUAAUAUUUCCAUUUCAACAUAUUCUCUUUUCUACUUUUAUUGAACCAAAUCAUCUAAUAUAUUACAUAAAAAAUAAAUCAUUUUUGAUAUGCUAUUGAUUGCAGUAAUAAAUAUACUGAAAGAAUUGUUUGGUGAAUUUUCAACAUUGGUGUACAUCAAAUUCACAUUUGUACACUGGUUCCAUAUGAAUGAAGUAUGUUGCCAAAAGUAGAACAGCAGGACAGUAUUCUGUGAAAUCAUAAUAUUGGGACAUUGCUUCCACAACUACUCAACUGCUGUCAGAAGCAGGUGAACCGUACGGUAACUGUGAUGCCACAAUGUGUUGUUCAUAUGGAGUCAGUGUGCAUGUAUCGGUUUCACAUGAAUAAAGGUAUCUUACAGCAAUACAAU